ACAAAUAUCCUAAUAAUAACCCAUCAAGAGCCGGCAAAUCCCUAGUAUGCAUUCUGUUAAAUCACCCCUGAUAAUACUGUUAUUGAGAAAGCUUGAAGAGCAGAGGUCACAUGACUAGGGCUCCUAACCCUCCCAACCGUCACUUCUGACAACGCACACAAUUCCUCCAACCCCCUGCCAAAAUUUGAGCGCACGAGUUUUCAAUCUGACAUUACUUACGCGCUCAACGAUCGAACAGCCGCUCGCCCAGAAAUCGAAUCAAGCACCUUUUUAACAUCGUAAGGAAUCUCACCCGAACUACAGCUUUUGGCGUGAAAUUAAAUUUUUGGUGGAUAUCCCGAUUUAGUAGCGUCAGUCCGGAAUCAUGGUCAAGAAGAGAGCUUCGAAGUACGUCUUGUCCAUUCCUGUUCCUACGGAGCCAAUGUGGCAGGGCCCUAGCAAUUCGGGACGGUUCAUGUCUGCGGGGGGUCAGCCGGGUGAGAUGACGUUAAGAAGGGAGAUACUGAUGGAGGAUUUCUUCGAAUAGCGGCCGCAACAAGAAGGGACGCGGACAUGUCAAGCCCAUCCGUUGCUCAAACUGCUCUCGAUGCACUCCCAAGGAUAAGGCUAUCAAGAGAUUCACCAUCCGUAAUAUGGUCGAGUCUGCCGCCAUCCGUACUCCCCCUUCUGUACUGUCUGCUUAGAUUGGGUGGCUAACCGUUGGGUGUUUAGGUGACAUUUCCGAUGCCUCCGUCUUCACCGAGUACACUAUCCCUAAGAUGUACCUAAAGCUCCAAUACUGCGUUUCUUGCGCCAUCCACGGAAAGAUCGUUCGGUGUGUUCUAUGACAUACCUUGCAGCAAAUGCGUGAGGCACAACUAACACAACUUCACAGUGUUCGUUCCCGAGAAGGUCGCCGCAACCGUGCCCCCCCUCCACGUAUCAGGUACAAUAAGGAUGGGAAGAAGAUCAACCCUAACCAGGCUGCUGCUAAGACUCCUACCGCUUAAAUCUAGAGUUUUUUUCAGGGAGUUUUGCGACUUGGGAAAGGGGGGAUAGUAUAAGGGGGCUCUUUCAUGGUAAUCAAGGGGUUUCACUAAUCAUGAAAUAAAAGCACGC